UGAGAGUUGUAUUUUCUAGCGAUUUUUCGAAGCACUAUUUAAGUGUAUUCAUCAAGGCGAGUCUUGAAUAUUUUCUACGAAUUCGUCGCCUGUUCCGGAAGCAAUGUAUUCCGUAAAGUUCAAGAUAUUGAACUUGUUCGUGGUCAUCAUGGUAGGCUACAUUGGCCUUUACCUGUUGAGCUGGGUAUUCGUGGAAUCAUUCCCCGGCCCUUCCAAAUACCUACCAGCAUUCUUACCAUUGAGGCUACCAGAUAGUGUCUCCAUGGAUGGCUGCUGCAUCAUUACAAAUGAGGAGUUCCUAAUCCAGCCAGAACCCUCUUCGGUUUUGGCGGAUAUCCUUCGUCCACUCAACUCAGUGUCUGCAGGUAUACCAAGUCUGGACCAAGUCAUCACCAACCUGGACUUUAUGUUCGACGCCAUCAUUCAUGGGUUCUACCACAUGCCGGCAUCUGUCGCUUUUGUGUCCUGGUACAUUGUACCGGCCACAAUCUUUGGGUUCACCAACUGGAUGGUAUCGUUGAGACGUCAUCGCCUCACAAAACACCAGCUCAGUUACGUGCGGGCCCGUAGUUCGGUUCGCUACCAUCCGCGAUAUCGUCCGGUUCCUGCACGUCAGAAGCCACUCACCUUUCGACGCUGGGUGGUCUACCUGGGUAUUUAUCUUAUAUCUGGUGUACCCCUAGGGGUCUGGUGGACCUACGGCAGCUCCCUCCAGUUACAAACCCUCAUGUCUCAGUCUGGUGCCUGGACUAUGCCAUGGCUAGCUUGUCAUCUCUCGGCUCUACCCCAGCGUAUCAUCUCAACAGCUGGCAUGCACCGACUGAGUCUCCAAAGUCUACCUAUCUGGCAAAGUUUAGCCUGCCUUGCCGCUACAACGUCGUUCUUCUGUGGCAUUAUAAUGUCGCGAUCGCGUCGUAAAAAGAGGAAGAUUCACCGGUUCCCCGUGAGCUACUGGAGGAGGAAUCAAGUGCGCGUACCCAUCAACCCAACGAGAUGCUACGCCAGUGUGUUCGUACACCGAAUUCUAAUGUAUUGCAGCGUCUUGCUUCGGCUCUGCUCGGCUAGCGUGUCUACAAGCUGGUCUCAACUCCCUGGUAUUCUGAGGACAUCACUCGAUAUGACCAAGGAUGGUCUCACCUAUGGUCUCCAAUACAAGUCCAAAAUUCUUCCAUUCCAAAGACCUAUGAGGUGGAUCCCCCUUACAUUUUCAGGACUCAGGCGUAAGCUUGUUUAUUGGAGAUCAUGUGAAGAAAUCAAGGAAGAUGGGACACAAACACCGACUUGGAUGAUGACCGCAAAGAACUGGCCUGCCAUACUAUUGUCGCUGCUCCGUCGACAGAUCGGAGUAUCGCCGAUCUCCCUGUGGAGAUCCUGCUGGGUCAUUCUUGGGUCUAGGAUUGUCCGGAUGGUCUACCUGUUUUAAUCACUUGUUACGUGCUACCCGGCAUAAGUUAUGUGCUCCUCUCAUUUGCAGCAAUCCUAUUGACGUUGAGGGGCAUACGGAGCAUCUCUACACUGAGAUACAGAUACAAAUUUGCUCACCUGAGAAAAACUGAAACAAAGCCUCGUCUACUGGAAUACUCCGAUGAGGAAUUGGAAGAUGGUGACAUAGUGAAUGAAAUAACGCUGCGGACAAGAACCCAAAAGAAAGCAAAGGCGGACGUUUCCUCUGCCAAAUGCCGAAUAAUCGAAACAGCGGUGGAUAUUCGAGACAUGUUGGUGUCGAUUUUGGCGGCGGUUCAUUGGGUCAUUAGUCAAUAUUGGCAUGGCAAGAAGCUAAACGUGGACUUUCAUUCAGAUCAACCCCGUUCUUCCUUACAUUACAGCACAGAUUUGAGAAAAUUUCCUCCAGGACUUACCAAACAUGUUUUUCUGCCAGCUGCCGUAAGCCAUGGUGACUGGCAUCGGUGCACUUGGCAAAUUGGAACAAUGCUGACUACGGGCUGGCCUGGUCAGUCUCGACUAAGCAGCAGGUUUGCCGUCAACG